GUCAAUAAUAACAUUCCCAUGAUGAAUGCUGCUCCUUCUUGUUACCCUAGUGUUCCCCCUGCAGGGAUUCACAAUCAAAUGAAGUAUAAUUAUGGUGUCCAAGGCCAUGGAGGGUUCAAUGGUGUUGGUGUUGGUGGUGCAACUACUAAUGCUGUUCCUAUUCCUAUUCCCAUUUCCAAUAACCACUAUAAUAGUAAUGUUAAUGGAUUUGAAUUCAUGGAUGGAGCUCCUAUCAAUAAUGUAAAUGUGGGAGCUUUUGGGAAUAAUGGAAAUUAUCCUGCUUCGGUUCAAGGAUGUUAUGUUCCUCCUGGAUUCUAUGCUCCUCCUCCUUCUCCGGAAUGUUAUGGUUCUCCUUCUCAUCCUCCUCGUACCGGAUAUUAUGCUCCUCCGCCGCCUCCUCCUGCAACCGCGGCUAACAAUAAUCUAACAAUUAUUGAUGAACUUUCGGCAAUGUUGCUGCAUCAUGCAGCAGCACAAAAGAAUUCAGGAGGGAUCCAAGACCAAGAUUUGCCUCCGCUAGUUGAAAGCCCUUGCGACAGCAAUGAAGAACACUCUAAAAAUGCAAGUGCAAUCAAUGAGGAUCAGAGUAUUCUAGAUGAUGAUUACGUUCUUUCCAACCUUCUCUUCAUGCUAGAGGACAUGCAUAUUCUUAAAGAGUAUGACCAGGCAGCCGAGAAACAAGACGGCAAAGAAUUUUUUAAGCCUCACUUAUCCACUUCUUCUAAUGUGGUGCAAUCUCCUGAACAGGUUGGAGGGAACCAAGUUCCUGAUGACUUUUUUGACUUUUCUGGCUCGGCUAAUCUUAUUCAACAGAUUUCUGGAAAUGUGAUUGUUCCAUCCAAUGGAAACAACAUGAAUCUGUCAACUGAGACGACUUCAAAAACAAGCAACAACUAUAGUCCAAUUCAGGGCGAUAAUGAAUUUCUGGAUAUUGAAAUCUCUGAUGAGAUGUUCACCACUACAAACAAUGGCUCUCCAAUAACAAGUAACUACUCAGUUUCAAAGCAGGAUUGGGACAAGACCCUCAUUGAACUCAUGUUUGGGAAUCAAGCAAACUAAGCUUAGGGCCAUCAAAGGGUUGCUGCUGAUGAGGAUCUUCACUUGACGAACUUACACCUUAUAUACAUUGCUCAGUGCUAAGAUUUAAGAUUAUGGAAAGCUAUUAGAACUUAAUUAUAAUUGUUGUUACAUAAAUAAUACAGGGAGAAAGUGUUGUUUAAAUAACAUGAACUGUUUACUUUAUAUGUAUGCUUCA